GGCUUUGGUUCAUUCGAGUUCGCGUAGAGCCGUGGAGCGAUCGCUUCGGAAGAAAAGCAGAUCAAACGCCGCGUCGUCGCCGAACCCUUCCUUCAGAAUCUCUCCAAAUUACACGGAGCCCCUCGCACUUCUCCGGAACCCCCAACCCAAUCCCCACUCCGAUCCCCUCCCCCUCUUCCCCCAAAUCUCGCGCGCCGCGAAACCCUAGCACCCUCCGCGAUCCGCUCGCCGGAGGGCCGGCGCCGAUGGAGGUGAAGCUGUGGAACGACAAGCGCGAGCGGGAGCUCCUGGAGAGCUACGCGGACCUGUACGCGAUCAUCAAGGCCACGGAGAAGCUGGAGCGGGCCUACGUCCGCGACCUCGUCUCCGCCGCCGACUACGAGGCGGAGUGCCUCAAGCUCAUCUCCCAGUUCAACUCCCUCUCCUCCUCGCUCGCCGGCGCCGUCACCGUCCCGCGCUUCGUCCAGGCGUACCGCCUCGACUGCCCCGCCGCGCUCAACCGCCUCCUGCAGUCGGGCGUCCCGGCCACCGUCGAGCUCCGCGCCGCGUCCAACUCCUCCGCGCCGGCCGCCACCGCCGCAUCCGCCGCCGCCAUCGCGCACUGCGUGCAGACAUUCAUCACCGCCAUGGACGCCGUCAAGCUCAACAUGCUCGCCAACGACCAGGUCCGACCGCUGCUGCAGGACGUCGCCACCUCCAUGGCCAGGCUCGGACCCCUGCUGCCGCCCGACUUCGAGGGGAAGGUCAAGGUCAACGAGUGGCUCGGCAAGCUGCAUAAGAUGGGCGCCGCGGAUGAGCUCACCGAGCAGCAGGCCAGGCAGCUCAACUUCGACCUCGACUCGGCGUACAGUGCCUUUUUGGCUGCGCUGCCUGCCAGCAUGUGACUGGGCAAGGAUAUGCCUGCUUCAUUCCUAUUUGUUUGCAACAUGAAUAUGAUAGCUUUGUAAGCUAUGUGGCAGUUCACCUAUAUGGUCGUUGUUGGAUGUGAUAGAACCACAUGGAAUUGUUCCAUAUAAAUUUUGAGACUCGUCAUAUGGGAAUAUGAAGCAGAUAGUCAGCUUAUCAGUUUACUUUGAAUCUAUAAGACUAGUGUAUGUCUUUAGAUGUCACUGCUGUGCUCUGCUGUGCCUUUUGGGUGCAUUGGAUUCUUGAGCAGAAACAAUUGGUACUUUGGCAUCAAUUAUUGAAGUAAAAAAAACGGUGUUACUAAUUUUGGGUU